AUGCCUCCCAAGACGAAGAAGUCGAAACUUGCGGAACGCCGUGCUGCGGCAGCGGCUGGUGCUGUUGGAAAAGAAGGGUCUGGCAAUAAGAACGGAGAUGUCUUCCACUUUGUCACUGUGAAUCCUAUAUCGGAAGACCAGAAGCUAGAGAACAGGACGUUGAUCCGUUCACAUGCUAUACGACAGUAUUCUGCGGCCGAUACAGGAAAGACAGUCGCAGCGUCUCGACGCCGUGGACAGGCAUUCAAAGCGUGGUCGGCGGGCGUUAAGGAGGAGGAUCCGUCGAGUAAUAGAAUAGGGAUGGGUAUGAGUGUGCAUAGGGCCAUAGAUAUGGUCGCCACCGCACCCACUACAGAGACGGAGGAGCCUGCGAUCAACGAAACUCGUGGAAAUGCCGGCGCAGGCUGUGAAGGGGACAUGGGCCCGGACGCCGACGGAGACAUGGAUGAUACUUCACAACUCAAUGCCCAGGCCAAUGACAAAACUAUUGAUCUCCCAGGAGAAGAAAGCAGUGACUCUGAGGAUUCUUCUUCUACAGGCUGUCGCGCAAUAGCACCGCACAUCCGGGCGUCGGACCCAAUCCACUCCGACAUGGGCAGAAAUAACACCGUUAACCGUCCAUUCAACCAAAUCAUACACUGGCUAGAGAAUCCUAAGCAGAUAUGCCCUUCAAUAUUGGAUGAGGGGGCUAUAAGCAAGCUCAUGCGCUAUGCUGCUUUUGAUCUCUGGCCGGGCCUAGUAUUAGGGGCCGAAGGUCAGCGCUGGGGCCGUGAAGCUGCAGCUGGAGUAUGGCUUCCUCGUGCCAUGGCUAACCCAGCGCUGUUCACGGCUUUCCUGUAUGGUGCCGCGGGUCAUAUGCAAACACGCAGACGACUUGAUAGUGUUCAGGUUGCGCCUCAGACGAGAGCAGAGAAACUGGAACAGAUUGUAUGCGAAACAGAGACGAUCAAGCAGUUGAACAUGAUGAUGAAGGACCCAGCACAGGCAUUUUCGGACGAGGUAGUUCUCGCCGUUUUGUGCAUGGCAUUUAACCGAAUUGAUUAUUCGGGUUGGACGGUAUCUGACCCGUCUCCAAAGGCACCCUUGAGGAACUUGCAAUGGUUGGAUGUUUAUGGUGGACUGUCGUUGAAUGACCAUCAUAUCAAGGGGCUUAUGGCUAUCAUUGAGACGAGGGGAGGGCUCAAGUCAAUAAAGAUGCCCGGUUUGGCAGAGACGUUAUCUACAUCCGGCAUAAUGCUUUCGACGAAGUAUCUGGCUAAACCCCGUCUGCCAUUCGUGCCUAUUUUCAAGGAGACGGCCAUGGGGCAAACGCCAAACUGGCCUUCUCUCAACCCAACUCCCAUUAACUGCAGAAACGGAAACUCACACUCUUCCUCCACAGCUUCUACGAAUUCAUCAUCUACCACCACCACAACUCUACACUACCUCCUCAGCACACGUCCCAUGCACAAUUCUAUUCCUACUAACCCACUCUCUCCCAUUCCGCCCAACCUCCAAGUCAUCCUUCAGAACAUGCGAGAAUAUAACAUCGUUGUCGACCUACAAACCCAAGGUCUUCUACCCAACCUUGAACUCUCCGUCAUUGCCGACCGCCGUAACUACAUCCAGUAUAACCUCGUCUCUCUACCUGCUUCCUACGAAUUUCCGGACGACUACAUCGCUACCUACAGGCUGUAUGAAGCUUGCCGCCUUGCCGCCAUGGUAUACAGCAUGCUAGUCAUCUUCCCAUUGCCAGCGGCCAAUCGACCAUUCAAGAGGCUUGUUGCACAACUGGUCAACGCCCUGAUCACCGUCGAUGGCGACGAAGGGAGCGGCUGGGCAGCUGAGUCCGGUCAAUGGCCAUGGGAGUAUGGACGAGAGGGCCAGGACAGGCUUGGCUCUGAGGAAGAGGAGAGGGUAUCCUGUAUAUAUCUGUGGAUUAUUGUGAUGGGAGGUAUAGCGUCCAGGGGCAUGGGGGCCGAUAGUGAUUGGUUUGCAGCUCGGUUUGACCAGACGCUGCGGAUGAAGGGACUAUCGACAUGGGAAGGGGUGAAGCAGUGUCUGACGUCGAUUAUGUGGAUGGACAGCGUUUGUGAUUACGGCGGACUGACUUUUUGGAAGGAAACUAAAGAUGGAUUCUAA